AUGUCAGGCACGGGUAGUCCCUAUGUCGUUGCCGAUGCGUUCCUUGAAGCUCUUGCGGAGGGCGGAGUCGACUAUCUCUUCACUGUUCUUGGCUCGGAUCAUCCCAGCAUUAUUGAGGCAUAUGUCAGAAGACAGAAUGUGCUUAAGCGGGAAUUUCCGCGGAUGAUAUUGUUCCAGCAUGAGUUUGCGGCAAUGUCUGCAGCUGAUGGUUACGCCAGGAUCACUCAUCGGCCGGCGUGCGUCGUUGCCCAUGUCGAUGUCGGUACCGCGGCACUGGGGCAAGGGUUACACAAUGCUUCCAGUGGACGUGCCCCUGUUUUGAUCUUUGCUGGAAUAGCGCCUUCUACUCUUAACGGGGAGGCGCCUGGGUCCCGAUCAGAGAGCAUUCGCUACAGUGCAGAGAUCAAAUCCGCUAAGCAUGUUCAGACCGUAGUCCACCGGGCCUUACUUAUGGCUACAACUGGUUCUCCAGGACCGGUGUACCUAACAGCAACUCGUGAGGUUCUGGCUGAGCCCAUCGAGUCUCUUGACUCUCGCCGGACUCCUUUGCCUUCCUGCACAUUAGGAGCAUUACCAGGAGAUGCAGUGGAACUGAUUGGUGAUGCUUUGCUGCAGAGCACAGCACCUCUUGUUAUCACCGGUUACCUUGGACGGAAUCACCAAGCCGUGAAGAACCUGGUCCGUCUAGCUGAUUUGCUUAAGGGUAUCAGAGUCUUCGACUCGGAACUGCGUGAAGUGUGUUUUCCUGCAGACCAUCCUGCUUAUGUGACUCGUGGGACCGGUGCUGCUAAAGCAGUUCAGACUGCGGAUGUCAUCCUCGUUCUCGAUGCAGAUGUCCCCUGGAUCCCCUUCAGGGUCCGACCGUCUCAAUCUGCGAGAAUCAUUCAUAUCGACCUUGACCCCAGGAAAGAACGAAUGAACCUUUUUGACAUUGGCGCAUCUGCUACGUAUCAUGCAGACUGUGCUUCCGCUCUAGGACAGCUUGAUGAAUAUAUAUCGAAAUCUGAGAAGCUCGCAUCAUUGAAAGAGACUCUUGACAGACGCUGGGAAGAGCUGAAGUACUCUCAUGCUCAAGGCAAAGAAACCAUUGAUGCUCGAGCAGCAAAGUUACUAGAUACCCCGGAGCAUCCCUGCAAUAUCGACUUCCUCUGCAGCAAAAUUCGUUCGACCGUUCCUGAAGAUACAAUAUUCGUCACGGAUUCAGUGACGAACCAAGUCCCCAUGACUGAACAGCUUCAACUCACUCGCCCGGGUUCACACCUUACAAAGGGCGGCAGCGGUCUGGGCUGGGCUGGAGGUGCUGCAAUCGGAGUUAAACUCGCGACGGCGCUAUACGACAUCUCUGAUCGUCCGAACAUUCGUCGCAAGACAGACGGUGAUGUUGGGACGAGUCCAUUCGUCUGCAUGAUUACUGGGGAUGGCAGCUUCGUCUUUUCUGUACCAACAGCUGUCUACUGGGCCAGCUACCGUUAUGGGUGUCCUUUCUUAACUGUGAUAUUGAACAAUGGAGGCUGGCGCGCGACGCGUCAGUGUAUCACAGAUGUCCAUCCACAGGGCUUGGCUACUGGAGUCUCGAAUGCAGACUUAGGUAUCUCCCUCGAACAAGAUGGUCCAGACUACGGUCAAGUUGCGAAAGCGGCUGCCAACGGGAACCUGUGGACAAAGAAGGUCGAGCGAGUGGCAGACUUGGAAGAGGUACUGAAGGAAGCAGUCAGUGUAGUCCUUGACAGGAAGAUAUCCGCAGUGGUGGAUGUCGUGAUCAGAUAA